GUAACACUUCAGGAGAAUCGGGAGUGUGCAAGCUCGCGUUGUUUAAGGUUUCCAAUUGAUAAGAAUUGCCGUUUUGCAGGGAUUUCAUUAAAACAAUGGAACAGCAGCAGGCUCAGUUUGUGAAAACACACUAUGCUGAUCUCAUCAGAAGGGUUAAUGGUGUGUUGCCCAUUGCUGACAAACUGAAAACGGAAAAAAUAAUUCACCAGGAAACAUAUUCAGAGAUUAAUGUACCAUAUACUACCAGUAUGGCUAAAAUGAGAGUGCUCUUAGAAGCUCUGAACACUGAUAAUGCUAAAUGUGCUUUUUAUGAAUUACUGAAAGCGGAGGAGCCGCUCCUGGUAGAAGAGCUCGAAAAACAAGGAUCAUCCUCACAGACUUCUCAUGAAGUACAGGAAGCAAAAUCUUACCCUCAAAACACAAAAGCAAAGGAGAGUGAGAGGCCAGCUAUGGAAAUCAUAACUGAGAAGAAACAACUCAGCAGGUGGAACAAAUUCACCAUAAAAUAUAGAAAGAAGAUGGAGAAGCUUUAUGAAAUGAGAGAGUCUCUAUAUAACGUUGGGAAUCUCUUCUUUUGUAAAAAUAAGGAUUAUAUUAUUGGCUCUGGAGGAAGUGGCACACUAGUAUAUCUUGGCUUUAAGAGAGAUGGUACUGAAGUCGCCAUUAAACGAAUAACCAAGAACCCGAUUAAUGACAAAGUCUUUGAAAAUGAACUGAAGCAUUUACAAAAAAUCCAGUCAACAAAUCAAAGCCAGUACCUUGUCAAGUAUGUGGACCUAGAAGAGGAUGAAGAUUUUUAUUAUCUUGCACUACAUCUUUGUGAUUAUGAUCUAGUGGACUACAUGGAAGAUCUCCGUCAGCAAGAGAAACCUGUCAGAGAGAUUGCUUUGAAGCAAGUGGUGUCGGAGCUGCUUCAUGGCCUUAAAGCGCUACAUUGUGAUGAUGUGAUACAUCGUGAUUUAAAACCUAGAAAUGUUUUGAUUGAUGCGGAAAAACAUGCAAAGCUAGCCGACUUUGGCAUCUGCCGCAAACUGGAGGAGGGCAAAACAACUGUAUACACUGUCAGAGCCGGUACCCAGGGCUGGGAGGCAACAGAGAUCCUGAAUCAAGCCGAAAAUGGUGGUUACAAAAAGAGCUCAGACAUCCAGGUUGCUGGGAUGUUGGUGUAUUACAUCAUCUCUGAAGGGAAACAUCCUUUUGGGGAGUUAAAGGAUCGUGAGGCAAACAUUAAAGCAGGAAAAUACUCCCUUAAAGAUGUACAAGAUAUAGUAGCAAAGGAUCUUAUAGAAUGGAUGAUCAGCAAAGAAAAAAAAGAGAGGCUGAGCAUUGACGAAGUCCUAAAACACCCUUAUUUCUGGAAUGAUGAGAGGAAAGUUGCAGUUCUUAAGAUACUGGGUGAUAGAAAGGAAGUCCAACAGUUCAAGACCUCUGAAAAUUGUCCUGAGCUAUCCAAUGCUGUGCAGAAAUACACAGAGGGGAAAAGCUUUUCUGAUUGGAAAUCAAAGCCUCUGCAGAGAUGGACAAAAAUUGACAAAAAUCUUCCGGAGAACUUACUUGGCCUGUUGCGUUUUUUGCGCAACAUACUGGUGCACAAUGAAGAACAUUUUCAUCAUGUAGAGUUUUGUGAUCGCUUCCCAGACUUCUUCAUCAGUUUAUACAAGCUGGCCAAACACAUGAACUGGACAUAUUUGGAUACAGAGAGAUAUUAGGUAUAGACACCUAUUCAUAGCACGGUUGUGCAGAAAUGAGAAAUUCUGAAAUAAGUCCCUUUCAGUUAAUGAGUUGGGAUUUGAAUAGAAUUGGCCACGCCCUACAGGAAGUUGAAUUGAAAUGAUAAGAAGUGGAAUUUAUUGAAUUGCAAUUCAAAGAAAUUCAACAGUCACUACACAAUUUCAUUAGUCCAAGACAAAUAAUUACAUUAAGUGCCUGUUUAUUCCCUAAUAGGUAUAAUUAUUAUUUUUUUUGGUUUUUACUUAUUAGACAUAACAUAAAAUAUAUAUAUAUAUAGUUUUCAGGUAACAGUUUGCGUUGCUUUUUUAAGUUGAAUUAAUCUACUUAAUUUUAAGUAAAUUAACUUAACUUAAAAUGUCAACCUGCCAUGACUUUUACAUAUUAGUUUUACAUAUUAUACUGUAUACAUUUUACAUGUUAAACAAUUACAUAUUUUAAUGAUGACAAUUGCUUCCUUUAUUUAAAUGGUCUUAAAUAUUCUGAGCAUCUCAUAUACAUUUCUAUAAAAGUCUUCAACCAUUAAUAUCACAGUUUUAGUCAUCACAUGAACACUUAUAAAAAAAAAAUAAAAAAACAUUAGAAAAUAUUUUAAAAUGGCACACACAGACCUCAAAAUUGCUAUAUAUGAAACAUGACAAGUGUAACAAUCAACAAAUUGAUCAUUUUAUUGAAGAAACAAACUCAUCCUGAAAUCGCAACAUUUUUUAACUCAAAUAAAUGGAUUAAACCAACUCCCUGCUGUGCUUAUUAGUUAGACUUAAAAAGAAUGUAUGUUGCAAUAGAAAAGCUGCUUUGAGAUGCAUUACUUGUGUUUUCUGAAAGUUGCCAAGCCGAAAAAAACUACAAUAAUCAAGUAAAUCUAUCUUAGUUUUUUCAGCAUACAGUAAUUUACUUGAUCUAAGAAUGUAUUUGUGUUCUGGAAAUACCCCAUCUGUUAAGCAUAUAAUAAUAUGAUAAUAUAUUUCAUGUUAUACUGAAAAAUCAAAUGCACUAUUACAAAUUAAAAUUCAGGAAUUUAAUUGGCAUUCCUCAUUCAAUUCUGAAUGGCACACAACCCUGAUGCAUAAGCAUUGCUCAUGUCCUCUUUGAAAAUUAGUUUUGACAGAUUUAGUUUAGACAGUCUUUUACUGCUUCCCUAUAGAACAUCAAGGCUAAAAUAAUUGUAACAUUUCUUUCUGUAUUUGCCGAUCCCUGAGAUCCACAAUAUCAGUGUCAGUGGUUUCAAGACCUUCACAUCUUUGCUAUUCAUAUUCUUGACUGUUACUUAUGUGUUUCCAAAUUGAAUUGACAGUAAUCAAUAAUUAAUCAAAUCAGUGCUGUAUUCAAUUUAAUACAUGCUUUGCUGUUAUUUCUAUAGACGUAAAUGUUUUCAUGUAAUGUGUGAAUUAAAAGCAGAUAGUGUGUCGUUUUACAUUAUAAUGGUCUUUUGAGCAGUAGCUACUUUUGUAUGUCUUGUGUCUUUGGUUUGCAUCAUGGAUUAUACUGUAUGUUGGAAUUUGUUUGGCUUGUUAUGAAUAAAACUCUUGUCUGCACUGGUAUCCUU